AUGCCCGCCUCUCGUGACGAACGCCACUCGACGUCCAACGCCUUUUCCGUCUUCCCCGUUGUCACAUUUGAACACCAACACACAGCAGUAGAUGAAACGCAGCCCGCCACCUGUGUCGUCCCUAGCUACGCUGCUGUGGGUAGUCCACACUUCGCGUGCUUCGAGUGGGAUGCAUCCCAACCAAUCCUUUCCCCGGUCAUCUCUGCGAGACCACCCUCUCCAUAUACCUCCGCCAGUCCACCCUCCCCUGCCAGAGUCGCCAGCCCACCGUCCCCCAUCAUACCCUUCGCCAGCACACCCAGUACCUCGAGCCCGGCCAAGCGCCCUCGCCCAGACGACGAGGCGUCGCAAGGCUCCCCGAAGCGGCUGCUGUUGGCCGAAGACGCUGGCCUAUCUCCUGCUGACAUCGCUGCACCUGAGGUUCAGCCGAAGCGUAAGCGCGUGCGCAAAAGCACCAAGGAUCCAAAUCACAUACCGCGCCCAUCCAACUGCUUCAUAUUGUACAAGAACGACUAUAUCCGUCGGCUGUAUGAGUCUGGGUAUGAAGCGAUGUCGAAGGACAUCACCAAGGUAAUUGGCGCACAGUGGCGCCUACUUCCAGAAAAUGAGCGUCGAUACUGGAAGGACAAGGCAAAAGAGGUUAAGGACGAUCACCGACUAUCAAACCCGGGCUACCGAUACAAGCCCGAGCGUAAGAAGACGGGGCGGCCUCCAAAGGGCGAGUCUCGAACCGAGAGAAAUCUUGAAAACGCGAGGGAUCAAGAAGAGAAGGAGAACGACCAGCGGUUGGGAGAUGAUAACGUGGCUAGGCCAUUAAUUGGAUCGACUGAGGACAACCACGCUACAGGAAACACGCGAGCAAUAGCAGGUCCUCAGCGCGUCAGUCUGUCGACUGUUCCACUAAUCAGUCGGCAGUCCCAAAAUAAUUCAUCACCCCCACUACACAGCGCAGUCAGAGCGCCGCGCGCUGGGACAAGCACUGAAUGGUGCUAUGCGGGCCAAGUAAUGCCGUAUUUUCAACCACGGCCCGCAUCGGUGUUGCACCCAGCGUUCCAGCAGGCGAGAGCUCCUCGUCCCGUUACAACUUAUAGGGGACAGCCUGCGCGUCCAGACCCAUCCCUUUCCCAAGUUGUGAAUGAGGCAGCAAAUCAUGGUCUUGCGCUCCCUUAUGUCGCAAAUUCAUCGACUUACUAUUUGAGCGGCAACCACGCGCAAUACCCAGUUCAGGCGCCGGUGGACGGAUUCCAGGUCAUGGCGCCAGCACAGGUGUACAACGCCACACAGUGCCUUGCCUAUGUGCCGCCUCCAUCGAUGCCCUCCUACACGCAUCCCGCCCUCUACCAGCAUCCAGCAGCAGCACAAUACACAUCGCCGUAUGUGAUCCCGACACCCGGCAGUUCUUACGGCCCGAACUCAGCCUACACUGGAGCGCCCGCGUUCUCGCAUUUGACGCCCCCUGACUCGACUACGCCAGAGCUCUUGACGGAGGAUGUUGCGUUGGCGCUCUCCGUCUUCGAGGCCCAGGGAUCGUUUAUACCACAACAGAGUAACUCUCCUGACUUGAACUCAACGCUGGCGUCUGCGACGCGUCACACACCACUCGAAGAGUCGUCGCAGGGUUCAGACUGGUUCUCUGACAUGUUUCCGGACCUCGUCUAA